UUCUCUUUAUUUUCUCAUUGGUUUCUUUUUUUUUUGUUGGUUUAUGAUAGUGUGUGUAGUGCCGAAUCAGCUUCAUUGCAAUGGCGUGAGCGUGAACCAGAACAUAACAGUCAGUAAAAAUAAAAACAACAACAAACUGUACGGCCUUCUCUGCUCUCCACCGCUUCAAUCCGUCCAAAAGAACAAAAAUCCCAAAUCUCCUUUUCACCUACACUGCGUACUAUUUCAUUCCAUCAUUCUCUCUCGCUCUCAACUACCCAAAAUUCCUUAAGUGAUUCAAAAAUGGUACCAUUAGUUAUUCUUUUUUUUCACUAUCACCAUCAUUAGUCUAUAAGGCCAAAUUUUGAUCCCGUUUCUAGUUUAUCCACAUUGAUUUUGAGUUUUUUGACGUGGGUUUUGUGGUUUUCGAAAAGGGUUUUGCUUAUUUUCUUCAAAAUCUGUGUACACCUAUAUAUACACACAUAUAUUAAUAUAAUAUAAUAUAUAUUUUGUAAUAUUUUACUGUUUUUGUUUUGUUUGAUUUUGAUGAUGGGGAAAAUAUCGGAGGAGGACCAGUAUUUUAAUCCUUUUAAUCUUAAUCAUCACCAACAACAGCUGCAACAACAACAAAACAACCCAUCUUUUCAAUAUUAUUCCUCAGGUUCUUCUUCAAGUUCAUUUUCUAAUGGGUUUUGUUGUUCACCUGAAAACGGUUCACCAUUUACUAGUGAGAGAGAAAACAGGAUCAAUGAUCUUAUUAAGAAGAAGAAUGAUGCAGAAUUCUUGUUUAAUAACUUGCCUUAUUUCAAUCCUCUUAAUCAUCAAGAAAUGUCAAAAUUUGCUUUCAGUAGUGCCUCUUCUCCUAUAAGCAGCGGAGUUAAUUCUCUGCAGUCUCCAGAGUUUGAUACCAUGUCACCUGAUAAUCCUUUCUAUAAGGGUGAUGUUAAUGCUGAUGAAAUAGGCUGCUUGUCUCGAAGUUUCGGUGGAAUGAAUAUUAGGGAGGAACAGAAUGGUUUUAAAAUGAAGGGUUUUGACAUUGACUCGAGUGCAGUUAGAUUUAGGAGUCAUGGCUUUGAUGAUCUUCGCUUAGAUGACAGGAAUUUUGGGUGUAAUGUUGAAAAAUAUGGGGGUAGUUAUGUGGGUGCUGGGAGGUUUGAUAAUAUUGAAGGUUUUCAAUCCUCUUCUCAUGGAGUUUAUGAUGAAAAAAAUGGUUUUGUUUCAAUGGGGUGUCCACUUUUUGCUCAGAAUCAGUCUAAUGAUUCAUAUUCUGGGUCUACUGAUUAUCCAUUGGAGCCAAGAGGAACUUGGAGUAACAGAGGAGUUCAGUCACAAAACUCAUCUUUUGCUGCACCUUGCCUUAGUGAUCCUUCAGCCUUUUCACAGCAUUCUAAAAUGGAUUUUAAUGGAGACAUGGGUGUCAUUGAUUCAUUCAGUGCUUUUCAAUCUAUGAAUCCUAAGCUGGAUUUGAAUGUAUAUAGAAGUUUGUUGCUUGAAGAAAAGAUGAGAUCAAUGAAAAACAAUGACUAUUCUCGUAUGUCCAUGGAGGGUAAACAGGAUAUGGAAGCUUUUAGCCGCGAGGAUAGUUACAUCUUACAAGGAGAUGUUUCGAAUCAUCUUUGCAACAAAGAAGGUAAUCUAUUUGGAAAGAUGCCGAUGAAAAACCUUCGUGGUAAAGGCAUUAAGCUAGAUACUCGCACCAUCAAUGGUGGAAUUUGGGAGAAUAGUCAUGGUUUAAGUGGUUACAGUCCAUUGUCAAUGGUACCAACUAUGAAUUCAUUGAGUGAGGUCCGGGGUAAGAUAUAUUUUAUGGCACGGGAUCAGUAUGGUUGCAGGUGGUUACAGAGGAUUUUUGAUGAGGGAACACACCAGGAUGUUCAACUAAUAUUUGAAGAAAUUAUUGACCAUGUUGUUGAACUGAUGUUACAGCCAUUUGGAAAUUAUGUCAUUCAGAAAUUCUUGGAUGUGUGCAAUGAAGAUCAAAGAUUGCAUGUUGUUCUCAUGGUGACUCAAGAACCAGGAAGGCUUCUUAGGAUUUGCUUGAACACAUAUGGCACACGUGCGAUUCAGAAGUUGAUCGAGACUCUCAAAACCAGGCAGCAGAUUUCUUUUGUUGUGCUGGCCCUGAAGCCUGGUUUUCUUGAUCUUGUCAAGGACCAAAAUGGAAAUCAUGUGAUCCAGCGUUGCUUGCAGUGCCUGAACAAUGGGGAUAAUAAGUUUAUUUUUGAUGCUGCUGCUAAGUUUUGUGUUCAGAUUGCAACUCAUAGACAUGGGUGCUGCGUAAUGCAACGAUGCAUUACACAUUCCUCUGGGAAAUAUAAAGAGAAAUUAAUAACUGAAAUUUCCAAAAAUGCUCUUUUCCUUGCUCAAGAUCAGUUUGGAAAUUAUGUAGUUCAAUACAUUAUAGAGCUAAAGAGCCCAUUUGCUGUAGACAAUUUGGUUUCUCAAUUCAGGAGGCACUAUGUACUCCUCUCCAUGCAGAAAUUUAGCAGCCAUGUGGUUGAAAAGUGCCUGAAGCAUCUCGAACAGAGCCGAGAACAAAUAAUUCACGAGUUGAUCUCAGUGUCACGCUUUGAACAGUUACUGCAAGAUCCUUUUGCCAACUAUGUCAUUCAAUCUGCUCUCUCAGUUACCAAGGGUCCUCUUCGCUCUUCGCUGAUUGCUGCGGUCCGACCCCAUAUGGUAUUACGUAGCAAUCCCUAUAGCAAGAGGAUUUUCUCAAGGAAUCUCUUGAAGAAAUGAUGUAUUACUUGCCGGUGUUACGGAGUGUUGUUGUUCUAUCAGCCUUGUCUACUACUGCUAAUAAAUAGUGUAUCAAGCGGCGGAUUUUAGCUGUAGAAUGUUUCAGUAUUCGCAGCUGAUCUCCUAUCCUGGUUAGAAUUUUUGCUACAGAUUCUCUCGUGAAUCUGAAGGUGGAAGUGAAGCUUUUGCAUCCACUUGUUUAUGUUGCCUUGUAUGAUUCUGUUGUUAUGUUGUUGUCUUGUUGUCUUGUUGUCUAAUCUAAACUUAAUGUACUAUAUUCUGCACUAAUCAGAACCUCCAAGUUUUAUAUUAUGCUGGAUAGCUUACUUUUUGA